GUAGAUGGAGCAAAGCUCCCCCAAAACGGUUAUUCCAACACUGAGGUCUUCAGCCUGCUGGGAGACGUGUAUGUUGCCCUGGAAGGCGGCCCAGGUGUUGCCAAUCAGGCUCGCUUGGCGCUGCGCCGCGGAGCCUGUGUGCUGCCGGUGAUGCGAACGGGCGGAGCAAGCUCGGGACUCUUUAACUUCCCCAAGAAGGCACUGGUGAAGCCAGACUUUGUGGAGGAAGGGCACUGGGAGGCUCUGCAGAGCACAGAGGUGCCAAUAGCCGCCACCGCAGAGGCUGUGGUGGCUUUGGCUGAGGACAUCUGCAAUCGCUUCCCAAGUGGUUGCGGGCGAAGCUUGCUGGAACAAGCGGAUGACAGCGAUGCGGAGGAGAACCCUUUGAGUCCAGUGGCUCGGUCAGCCAUGCGCCCUGAUUUUUGCUUUCGGGGACCAACCAGAUUUGCAGAUUGA